UCCACAUCGACUGAUCGAUAACACAGACACAGAGAGAGAGAGAGAGAGAGGAAGGGAGGGAAGGAGGGAAAAAUCUCUGGACCGCUUUCCCAUAUUGCGCUUCGAGAACUAGUUGUGCUUCGAUCAUUUUUUCGCCUAUUCCAUCAUCGAGUUCUCGAUCAUCCAUUUUCGAUGAUCGAUCUUUUCUUCCCUCUUUCUCUCUUUCUUCGAAAAAUUCGCUCAAAGGAUAAUAAGGAAACUGCUCGAUUUCGAUCGGGAGUAGUAGAUUUGAUUUUAUUAUUUUUCUUUUUCUUUUUAUUCUUUUGUUCGUUUGAAAAUUUUCUUUCUCUCUCUCUCUCUCUCUCUCUUUCUCGCUCGCUCGAGGUGAGAAAUUUGAUAAGGUGGAAGAAACGGGGAGGAAAGGUAGAAACGUAACUUUAUGAGACGCGUUGAAAGGAGGCGCGUUCUCGUGAGACGAUUGUCUCUCGUUCGUCGAUCGGUGGAUCCGAGAGAUCGUCGCGUGUCAGAAAUUCAGCUCGAUCGAAAACAAAGUACUUGAAAACAACGAGUACUUGAGAAAAUUAUUUGGAGAUUGAGAAGAAAAUAGAGAUACAAAAGAAGUAUUGGAAGUAGAUUCAGUGAAAAGUCGGUAUAAAGCGUUGACUGACUUUUUGCGUGGAUUAUGGAAGAAGGGCUGGAUACAAAAAUGAUGAAAAACUCGGCGGAUUAUAUAAAAGCCAUGGAGAGCAACGUGCAAUCAAAUCAGGUGAUCGAGACGAAAGUGUACAAACGACGAUGGCUGAUUCUAAUAAUCUUCGUGCUGUACAGCGCCAGCAACUCGAUGCAAUGGAUUCAAUACAGCAUCAUUGCAAAUAUCAUAACAUCAUACUACAAUGUAUCCACUUUUUCAGUGGAUAUGACCAGCAUGAUAUACAUGAUAACUUAUAUUCCUUUCAUCUUUCCAGCAAGUUAUUUACUCGAUAGAUUCGGCCUCAGGUUUGCCGUUUUGACAGGUGCGAUCGGAACGAUGGCCGGCUCUUGGAUAAAAGUGUUUAGCGUAAGUCCAGAUCGGUUCUGGAUUACCUUCAUCGGUCAAACAUUCGUUGCUGUGAGCCAAACGUUCAUCUUAUCGGUUCCAGCUCGUUUGGCCGCUGUUUGGUUCGAUUUAAAUCAAGUCAGCAGCGCAUGCAGCAUCGGCGUUUUUGGAAAUCAGCUGGGUAUAGCAAUUGGUUUCCUCUUCCCGCCGAUGUUGGUGCAAAACAACGAAGAAAUUAAUCAAAUUGGCCGAGGAUUGCAUGCGAUGUUCUACAUAGUUGCUGUUUUUACCACCAUUAUUUUGGUCCUUAUACUUCUAUUUUUUAAGUCUAAACCACCACUUCCUCCGAAUAAAGCACAAGCUCAAAUUCAGAGAGAGAACGAAAUACCGAAAAGUUUCUUCAUUUCCAUGAAGAAACUAAUCACAAACGUUGGUUACUUAUUACUAUUGUUCAGUUAUGGCAUCAACGUAGGCGUGUUUUAUGCCAUCAGCACGCUUCUCAAUCAGAUAAUCCUUCAAUAUUUUCCUAAUCAUGAAAAAGACGCUGGAAGAAUCGGUUUAACCAUCAUCUGCGCUGGUAUGUUAGGUUCUGUGGUUUGUGGUAUUGUGCUCGAUAAAACGCGCAAAUUCAAAGAGACAACGGCAGGCGUUUAUCUUUUUUCCUUUUUGGGCAUGAUUAUAUUCACAUUCAUUCUAAUGUCCACCAGUCAAAUAUUCACCAUUUAUAUAAUAGCUGGCAUAUUAGGAUUCUUUAUGACUGGCUAUCUUCCAGUGGGUUUUGAAUUUGCCGCGGAAUUGACAUAUCCGGAACCGGAAGGAACAUCCGCUGGUUUACUAAACGCAAUGUGCCAAGUAUUCGGUAUCAUCUUUACGAUUAUCUACGGGUAUUUCUUGCAGGUUUGGAGUGAUUUCUGGGCGAAUAUUUUCCUCUGUAUUGCGCUAGCUUUUGGUUCGUUUCUCACCAUCAUCAUUCCCAAUGAUCUUCGAAGACAGAAAGUUUUAAAGAAUCCCAUGGUCGAAGGUUGAAAGAUAGAAAGUUGGAAAAUUAUCGACUAGUCUUUGUUGUGAUCGAUGAUAUUGCGAAUGUAGACUUUCCUAAGAUGAAUAUCUUUAAGAUAGAUGAGAAAAAUGAAUUAUAGGUUGUCCAAAGAUAGUUGAUUUUGAUAAAUUGUCAGAUAAAAUUGCAUAGAAUUGUCUGUCUCAUGUUAUCUACUAUUGUUACUAUCAUUAUUUUAUUCUUUCAUAUUUUUUCAAUAUUUUUAUAUUUUACAUUUACAUAUAUAAUAUUUUUUUUUAUUGAAUUCAAUUCUUAAAUAAUACUUAAAAAUAGAUUUCUUAAUAUAUAAAAAUAUGAUGUAAUUAGUUUCAAAACUAAGAAGGUUAAUAUGUCAAAUGACAAAAUAUCAAAAUAAUAUUUCAUAUGAAUACAUGUAUACUUGAAUAAUAACAAGAGUAGAUAAAGAUAAACGAACAAUAAUUUUGGGCAUGGUUCAAGAUCUGAAAUUAUGUUGGAAUAUUCCAUAUUAUUUUUAUUAUUUUUUUAUUAUUUUUGUUUCAAAAGUACUAAAUAGAAAUUCUAAUUUAUUUAUAAAUUAUCGAGGUUAAUCAUUGACUAUUUAAAGAAUCACUGUCUUACACUUACAUUUUAA